AUGGAAAAAGCCAUGAGUGAUGAUGAGUUCUUUGAGGCCGUGCCACCAGGUUUCCAGUUUAGCCCUAGAGAUGACGAGCUUAUCCACUACUUAUCUUUGAAGAUCAACAACGAAAGUCUGCCUCGAACCAAGAUUCAUGACGUCGAAUUUUACAAAUUCGAUCCUGAUAUUCUUGCAGAGAUGUACAAACCGAGUGGGAAGAACCAAUAUUGGUACUUUUUCACCAAAAGGCAAAAGAAAUACAAAAGUGGGUCAAGGCCCAAUAGGGUCGCCGGUAAUGGAUAUUGGAGGGCCUCCUGUGCCAACAAGCCCAUCAUACACAAAGACAAGGAAAUCGGGCUCAGAAAGUCGUUGGUUCAUUACAGGGGAAAACCCGGUAAACAUACUAAGACGGGUUGGAUAAUGAACGAAUUCCUAAUUAAAGGCGAGGAGGACAAUUGGGCCAUCUGCAAGAUGUCCAAGACUGGCAAAGCGGGAAAAGGGCCCAAAGGAAAAGCAAUUAUCGACGAGAAUAAAGAUUCCAAUACAAAUAAAGUCAUAUUGCCCGACCUGUCCUCCGAGCCCAGCCCAACAUCGAGCCCACAAAUCCAAGCUACACAUUUUCCAAGCCCAAUGGAUGCAUAUCAGCCCAUACUCAAUGUGCCUUCCUUUGAUCAUGAAACUGGACUUUUUCCCGGCUUGCAGCCCUGUAUGACGAGCUCUGAUUUUAGAGAUGAGUUUUCGGAUUCCAUGAGGUUUUUUGGUCCUCAGAUGUAUUACGGCGAGCAAACGAGUUAUAUUAAUGCUGCGGGUCCCACAACCUUUAUUGCUCCUCCUCCUUCAGUUGAUCAUUGUGCAAUGAAGUGUGGGCCGGCAUCGGGCCUUGAGGACAUAGACGAGCUGAUCCGUCAGACAUUGGGCCCGCAAUGCGGGUUGAUGGGUGAUGAUGUUAAAUGGGCCUCUACAUUUGAUGAGAUGUUCAAAGGUUGUAUUUGA